AUGCCGCCACCGCAGAUUCUGAUUAAGCGAGCCACCGAGGACGCCUGCCUCCGGGUUAUAGCAUCACCGUUCUACCACCGAGCCCUACUCCCAAUCCGACGGGCCCACCCCAACAGACGCCGUCCCGGUGGCCCGGAAACCGAUCCGGCCAUAUCACCGCUGAACCGCCUGAAACACCGACUGGCCCGAGACCUCGGGCUUAACCCGGGCAUUCCGGUGCCCAUCGAAACCGUCGAACCGAUACUAGUUCCACCGAAGAAAGCCCUUCGAAAAUAUACUCUUCUAUCCCCCACCGUUCUCCCCGCGUACACCGACGGCAGCGGCCACUCCGAUGGCAUCGGCGCUGCAGCAGUAAUCCGCAAUAAGAACCAAAUCAUGCCGGUUAGCCGAGAGGACACCCACACAGUAUACUCUACGGAACUAACUAGCAUCAAACUCGCCCUGGUCCUCGCUGAAGAGGAGCCCGACACGCCCAUCCACAGAAACACUGUUCCCCGGGUGGUGUCGACCCUGGCUACUCCCAAGUCUAAGUUAGUAGUAGUUCUCACCGAUAACCAAGCAGCUAUACGGGCCUGCGCUGAGCCCCGGCGCCAAUCGGGCCAGGCAAUUAUUAAAAGAGUGGUCAACCGGCUCGACCGCAUGCCGGAGGCCGGUUGGCAGAUACGCCUCCAGUAG